UUUUUAUUUCGCUGAGCUCGGUUCUGAUUCUCGUGCCGUUCUAGGCAGCUGUCGAUUCAGAAUGACUGUGCCCUGCAGUCGCGAUGGUUGUGUUGUUUGCGGAAAUUAGUGAAAAUAGUACGGUUCGCUGCGGAAGAAAGUACAGAUUAGUUGCAACAUUAUUUUCUUUAUUUCUGAUAGUUUGUGUUUGUUUUCAAUAUUCUGGUUGAGGUGAAGCGGGGUUUUUGUUCUGAAAAAGUGUUGUUUUGAUCACGUAAUUAUCACCCAUUAGGCUACAAGCAGCUAAUCAAUAAGAAUUUUGGAGUUCAAUAUUUGUUUGUGUUGUGAUUCGAACAUCGUCUGUUACUGCUUAAAGUAGGCCAUGGAUGCGAUACAGCUGACGGAAGUGGAAAAAGCCGCAAAAUCACUCUUCACCAAAUUGGUAACCGAGGCCAGUACCAAGCCAUGCGACGUUGGAAGUGGAGCGGAUCUGGACAUAAAGCUUCCCCAAUGGUUCGACGAUGCAAAAUUUAAAAGGGGUCAAAAGUACUUUUUCGACAACCGCUUCGGUAUGAUGCAGUCAAACUAUUGCGGAUUGGUAACCCUGUUGUGCGAGCCAAAGGGCUUGACGAUUCUGAACAACACUGGCCGCUCGAGUACCCCGGAAACGGCCCGCAAGCGCUAUCUUUCGACGGUACUGCACAUGCUGUCGUGGUACGAAAUCGAUCUGUCGCCUGGUUCCAAAUCUUGGUCAUCGCUGAGUCGCGUUCGCAAGAUGCACCUGAACGCCUCGAAGAACUCGGACAAAAAACAAACCGGCUUCAUUACCCAAGCGGAAAUAGCGUUCACAACGUUUGGCUUCAUGGGAUACGCCUUGGUUCGGCCUCAUCUGCUGGGCAUCCGAUAUGACAACGAUGACGAUCGGGAAGCGUUGGUUCAUUUUUGGGCAGUAAUUGGAUCGAUGCUCGGCGUUCAGGAUCAGUACAACAUUUGUUUGCCCAAGCUGGCUGUGGUGGAGAUGAUUUGCCAGAUGUGCUUGAGGUACAUUUUUAUGCCACUGUUGCAGUUCGAGUCGCCACUUUUUAAAAAAAUGAUAACCGCUGUUGUUGACGGGUUGGGUGAAUUUGUACCAUUUGAUUCGUAUGACAGUGUGAUGUGGUUUGUACGACGUGUGGCUGGUAUUCCGGGUUAUCAGUACAAUGUUGACCUCGAGAAGGAAACUGUUUGUCGAAGGAUCUAUAGCGACGAGGAGUUGGCUGCGAUGCGAGCAAUGUAUCUGGGAAAGGCUGGCUACGAGUAUAUGGACAGCGCAAUAUUUGAUGCUCGAAUUUUGUUGUUCGAUGUCAAGAAGGUUUCUGAGGUGUGUGAGGUGAACCAAAACAGUCUGGAGAAAGGCACUGUCACAGGCGUCUACAGUAUGCUGGAAGAGGAUGGCAUGAAAAAGAAAAAAGUACUGGCGAAUCUACUGGAUCUUAGUCACGAUGAAGAACUGGUAAUAACUGUAAUCGAAGAUGAGACAAACUGGAAAAGUUGUCUGAAUGAUUCGAAGUUGAAAAAUUUGGCCAGUAGAGAUUUGGGGUAUUUGAAGUUCAAAUGUAGAUUGUUGGACAAUUGCUAUACCAGAAUUGGAAACUUUAUUAACGAAGCAAUGUUGAGUUUAAUGUUAUAUCGAAUGAGGAAAGCUCAUGCAAAAUUGUUCUAGACAAAAUGCUAUAUCUUACAAUACGAAAAUGUGAUGGAUUUCUACUACUACUACAAAUCAAAUGUGAUGAAGAGCAAUAACAAACGAAAGAUAUUUCUCCUUUAGCUGUUAACCGUUUUCUACAAAUGACUUUGCAAUAGUAUAGUAUAACUAAGCGUUGAAUAAAGAAGAUACACAAACUUUUCUAACAUAUUAGAACAGCGUUAUGAAAAAUCCGAUUUAGUAAUAUAUAAUAUAUAUAUUUUCAAGUUGACAACACUGGUACGUAAUAGCACCCAAGAGUCAUCCGUCAACAUCAAAA